GCCAGAAAAAUCGGAAAACUCGUUCACCAGCAGCUGGCAGUGAAAUUUACGUGGUGAAAAAACGGUGUUUUAAUCAAAUUUAUGCAGUAAACUGUAAUUUAUCGGGUUGUCGCUGUUCAAAGUCGCACUAAAAUACAUUCCACGAUGAAUGUAACCCGGGCAAUUCAAUUAUAUCUCGAAAAAAUGAUAGCAUCGGCUGGGCCAGGAAUGAAAAUGUUACUGAUGGAUCGUGAAACCACGAGCAUCGUAUCGAUGGCCUUCGCUCAGUCCGAAAUGCUACAGAAGGAGGUAUAUCUGUUUGAGCGCAUCGACUCCGGCCGAUCUAAUGAACGGCUCAAGUACCUCAAAUGUAUUGUAUUUAUUCGGCCAACUCGGGAUAAUGUUUUGAGACUGCAGACCGAACUAAAGUCUCCUAAAUACGGUUCCUACUUUAUCAAUUUCAGCAACAUUAUCCCCCGGACGGAAAUCAAAUUGCUGGCCGAAAGCGAUGAAAGCGAAUCCGUUCGUGAGGUUAUGGAGAUCUACGCCGAUUAUUUGCCUGUGAAUUCCAAUCUAUUCUCGUUCAACAUUCCAACUUGCCUCCGCGGUCUGGCGUGGGAACCAGAUGCCCUGGAUAGAUCCACCCAGGGUCUAAUCAGUGUACUUCUAUCAUUCAAAAUGCGUCCAGCAAUUCGUUUCAAAGCCAGUUCCGCUGCGGCUCAGAUGUUAGCUAAAAAGGUUCACGAGAUUAUCAACAAGGAAACGGCCCUGUUUAGCUUUCGACCGCCAGAAGAUGGAGCUGCUCCCCCGCUGCUACUAAUUCUCGAUCGCCGGGAUGACCCUGUUACACCACUUCUCAAUCAGUGGACUUACCAGGCUAUGGUUCAUGAGUUGUUGACAAUUACUAAACAACGCGUUGACCUGUCUGGCGUUCAGGGUGUUCCCAAGGAUUUGAAGGAGGUUGUACUUUCAUCAGAGCAGGAUGAGUUCUUUGCCGCCAAUUUGUACUCAAAUUUUGGUGAAAUUGCUACCACGAUUAAGGGGUUAAUGGAUGAGUUCCAAAAGAAGGUUCACGAUCAGAAGAAAAUCGAAAGCAUUAGCGAUAUGAAAAACUUCGUAGAGACAUAUCCGCAGUUUAAAAAGAUGAGCGGUGCAGUCAACAAGCACCUGGUGCUUAUAAGUGAAUUGUCUUUACAGGUUAGCAAACAACAACUAUUUGAGGUUUCUGAGCUGGAGCAGGAAAUCGCCUGCCGCGCUGAUCAUUCGACCCAACUGCAGCGGGUGAAAAAGCUAGUUUCCGAUGAGAAAAUUAGUCUUCACAAUGCGCUUCGUUUGGCUUUGCUGUAUUCUAUGCGCUAUGAACGUCACGCCAACUGCGGCACUUCUGGGCUGCUGAGAAUAUUGCAAGAUCGGGGCGGUCGCGCUCAUAUUGUUCCAAAAAUUCUUGAAUACAUAAGCAUGAACGCGCGUCAAGAAUUGUUUAAUCUAGUCAAAAUUACGGAUGCGGUAAAGUUGACGCGGAAUUUGAUCAAGGGUCUCAAAGGGGUCGAGAAUGUCUAUACUCAGCACAAUUGUGUUUUAAAGGAAACUCUAGAGGAAGUCGUUAAAGGCCGUCCGCUGGAUUCGGCUUAUCCGAUAAUGGGGAAUGAACUGCCGUAUCGCAGACCACCGCAGGAAGUGAUCGUUUUCAUGAUCGGAGGUACGACGUACGAGGAAGCAUUAACCGUUCACCGGUUCAACCAAGAGGGAUUUAAGGUACUUCUGGGUGGGACAACCAUUCACAACUCGGAAAGUUUUAUUGAGGAAAUCGUGGCGGCAACUGCUGGAGUUCCGUUCAAACAUUCCCGAUCGCUGCAGCAAUUUCACGGCGCUCCAACGGGAUCCGCUUGAAGGAAGUGAACUUGUUUGUGAGUGUGCAAUAUGCAUUUCCGGUGGAUUACGGUUUUACAAAUGAAUGAUACCUUCAUUAUUGAUGAAACAAAUAUGCUAAUGCGUCGCUUAAUUUAUUAUAUAUCUUAGCUUUAGAAUAUACGUAUAUCUGCAUAUGACUAA